AUGCGAUGGAUGCGUGAUCCUAUUACAGGUCUCAAACCAAAAUUAGCUCAUCUAUUCUGCUAUUUACCAUUCGCAGCUGGGCCACGUAACUGUAUUGGACAAAAUUUUGCGUUGCUCGAAGCUAAAGUGAUGUUAGCGAUGCUAAUAAAACGAUGUACCUUUGAACUUGUACCCGGUCAAAAAGUGACACCCGAUGUUCGCAUCACUAUGGGACCCAAUGAUGGUCAUCCUACCGAUGGUCUUGCUCGUACGUUUCGAGAAACCUUUGAUUCACCUCCGCUCAACACUACUAUUUGGAAUUAUGGAUAUCCAUGGGGUUCCUACUCAAACCAUCGAGCCAACACCAUUCCUCGUCAAGUCAAAGUUACGCCAGAUGGUCUACUGAAUAUUACUGCUAUACCCGAACGAUCAAUCAAUCUCGGCAUAUCCACUGAAUUCGGCCCAAUUGACAUAGACUUCACUUCGGGUGCACUGAAUACAAACGGAAAAUUUUGUAUAAAAAACGGCUAUGUUGAAGUACAGUUGCGAGCACCCGACCUGCAAAGUACUUGGCCAUCGGUAUUCCUUGUGGCACAAGAUCAGAACACAGUACCAAUGAUCACAGUAAUGGAAGUAGUUGAUGCGCGAUCACGUUAUAACUAUGGAUUCAAAUAUACGAAUGAUCAAGGUGGUGUAGAAGAGGUAAGUGAAAGAGCAGAAAAUAGACCAACAAGCAAUGGUUUACAUCGAUUUGGAGUGGAUUGGGGUUAUGAUCAAAUGACAUGGUACUAUGACGAUGGAUGGGUGAAAACAAUUAUCAAAUCGAAAGAAUUACGACAAGUUGAUAAUAUGUGUUUGGUAAUUGGAUUGGGCGUAGGUGGCAAAUCAAAAGAAACUCCUGUCAAUCCACGAGCGUAUCCUUCGAUUAUGAGCAUCGAUUGGAUUGACAUGUGGCAACCAAAGUACGAUGGUUUUUAUAAAAUUCAGAAUGUUCAAACGGGUCUCUUGAUGGAGAUCGACAGUGCAUCCAAUGCUCCUGGAGCACGAAUUUUACAGUGGUAUGACAUUGAUGGAGACUGGCAAAAAUGGCAUGUUCAAUAUGCGGGUCACGGGCAAUAUCGCAUAAUAGUAGCUCAUAGUCGUCAAGCACUAGACGCUAACUACUGGCCUAUUGAUGGAACUCUCUUGAUUCAACGACCCUAUAAUUCUGGCAAUAGUCAGCUGUGGAAAAUAAAUGAAGCAGUAGGUGAAACUCCUGAUGUAGUGCAACUCGUCAGUGUUCAGUCAUUUAAUGUACCAGGUAGUAGCGGCAGGUUAGUAUCAGUUCCUGCAAAUUCAAUCAAUGCCGGUGUGCAGUUACAAUUGUGGCAAGAUGUAAAAACUCCUAAUCAAAAAUGGAAAAUGAUUCGACUUUGA